UGAUUCGUCAAUCAAUCGAUUGAUUGAUUGAUUUUAGUUGUAAAAGAAAAAAAUGUUUGGUAAAAAGAAAAAGAAGCCACUCAUUUCGGCACCAACAAAUUUUGAACAUCGUGUUCAUACCGGAUUUGAUCGUAAAGAAGGAAAAUUUGUCGGUUUACCACCACAAUGGCUUUCACUUAUACAAGGUGCCGGCGGUGGAAAUUCGAAUCGUCCAAAACCAAUAAUCGAUCCAUCCAAUAUAACACCAACAGAAAUUAUGGAUAUCAAAAGUCAUACAAUUGUACGUGGACAAAAUUCAUCCGUUAAUGUUGCCACAGCAUUUAUUGCUGCCAAUAAUAAAGAUAUUAACAAUCCUCAGAUUUCAAGUCGAAGCUUAGUAUCCCGAUCAAAUUCAUUGCGUAGAAUUGAAUCACCACAACCAUUGAAACAGAAAUUUAAUCAAUUUCAACAAAAUUUAAUGGAACAUAAUGAAAAUGUGAUAAACAAUGAUCAACUGCCAAAUAAUCAACCUAUACGUCCAUUUAAUCUUAAUCAUAAUCAUAAUAAUCAUCCAAGUCAACAACAACAAUCGUUGUUGAAUUCAAUGAAUAUGGAAUCGAUGCCAACGACAACAACAACAUAUCCACCAUCAACCAUAAUGAAUCCAUUACUAAGUACGGCGAAUAAUUUUAUAAUGGCAAAUAGAAUAUAUCCCGCACGUAACCCUACACCGGUUAUUCAAUAUCAAAUUCAACCACAACCAUCAAAUGGCAAUUUCCAUAAUAAUAAUAACAAUAAUAUCAAUCAUCAUCAUAUGAAUACACAGCAACAGCAGCAACAAUCAAUGACGGCAAGAAAUGUUUACAAUUCAAACAAAAUUCGUUAUGGUGUAUUACCACAAAUUCAACAGGCACAAUUUAUUUCACAUAAUAAUAAUGCGAAAAUUACUAAUGAGUUACCGAAUAAUUUCCAUAAUCAGCAGCUAAAUAUUCACCAUCAUCAACAACAACAGCAACCAUCGUCAAAUCAAUUACAACAAACGAUUAUCAUGCCAAAUUCAGCUAUGCAACAAUUUAAUAAUAAUUCAUCGGUGUUAAAAUCAUCAUCGACAAUGUUUCAGCAACAGGAAAAUAAUCCCGAUUUAAUAUCGACAACAAAUUCAAAUAAUCGAAUAACAAAUGCAACUAAUAUUCAUUCAAAUACUCAUCAUUCAAAUAAUUACAUAAAUCAAAUGAAUUUGAAUCAAAAUCUAUCAAAUAUGACGAUACAUACGAAACCAAUGAAUUCUAUUAAUCAUUUGAAAACGAAUGGAACAUCUCAACAUCAUACACAGAUAUCGCCAGCAUCAUCAAUGAAUCAUAAUAAUGGUGGCGGAGGUCAGGAAACGACUACUACGGGUAUACAACAACAACAUAAGAAUCCAAAUCAUCAAAUUGUUUCGAAUGCAGCUAAAUCGAUGGUUGUAAAUAAUGUACAACAUGAUAAUGUUUCUAAUGCAGCGAUGAAUCAAAAUCCAACAACAACGACAACGAAUUCAUCAACGGUUACUUCGGCAACUGUACAACAACAGCAACGUGUUACACAUGAACAAUUUCGUGCAGCAUUACAGAUGGUGGUUAAUCCAGGUGAUCCAAGAGAAUAUUUAGAACAUUUUGUAAAAAUUGGUGAAGGUUCAACCGGUAUUGUAUGUAUUGCCUAUGAUAAAUCGCAACAGCGUCAAGUUGCGGUGAAAAAAAUGGAUCUACGUAAACAACAACGACGUGAAUUACUAUUUAAUGAAGUGGUCAUUAUGCGUGAUCAUCAUCAUCCAAAUAUUGUUGAAAUGUAUAAUUCAUUUUUAGUUGAUGAUGAAUUAUGGGUUGUUAUGGAAUUUCUCCAAGGUGGAGCAUUGACCGAUAUUGUUACACAUGCUAGAAUGGACGAAGAACAGAUUGCUACUGUAUGUAAACAAUGUCUUAAGGCCUUAUCAUAUCUACAUUCACAAGGUGUCAUACAUCGUGACAUUAAAAGUGAUUCAAUAUUGUUAGCCAGUGAUGGGAGGGUAAAAUUAUCUGAUUUUGGAUUCUGUGCUCAAGUAUCGAAUGAAUUACCCAAACGAAAAUCAUUGGUCGGAACACCAUAUUGGAUGGCGCCUGAAGUAAUAUCACGUCUGCCAUAUGGACCAGAAGUUGAUAUAUGGUCAUUAGGAAUAAUGGUCAUUGAAAUGAUCGAUGGUGAACCACCUUUUUUCAAUGAACCACCAUUACAGGCAAUGAGACGAAUACGAGAUAUGCCACCACCUAAAUUGAAAAAUCUACAAAAAGUUUCAGCCAAUCUCCUUAGUUUUCUGGAGAAAAUGUUGAUACGUGAUCCAAACAAACGAGCUACAGCAACUGAAUUAUUACAGCAUCCAUUUUUACGAUUGGCUGGUCAGCCAAAAUUAUUGGUUCCAUUAAUGAGGCUUUCUUAAUUUACAUUUUUCUAAACAAAGACAACUUUUCAGUUUUUUGUGAUUGUAAAUUUUUUUUACGAAAGAAAACGAGAUAUGUAUUUAUUUUCUCUUAUGCCAAAUAACUUAUUUUCGAUUAUUAAAAAAUAUGAAUUUUGAAUUUUAA